AUCGCAUUGGACGUGGCACCCGUGGUACUGGAUAACGCUAAUCCCAAAUGAAACCGAUUAUAUCGUCACGCGGCUCGUUCAACAAGCUGGGAAACAGGUUGACCAACGCUUUCCCCACGUGCUGCAGCCACCAAGAACCUGCGGGAUGCUAUCGAGCCGUCGCCUGCGGCCCUCCGCCACCAUACCGCCCCCAGCAGGACUCCGCAAUCCCUCCUCUACCCACCAAGCAAGCGCUGCAAGCCCACAAGUCCUAAUUGACCUCGAUCGGCCGUCGACAGGCUUAGGGGAACGGGGAGGGGGCUCCACCACCAACAGCAACUCCACUGUUGCUCAGACCGAGAGCUACGAGCUUGCGGACUACAAUCACAUCACUGCUCGGAAGUCAGCCGAAUAUCGAGAGGCCCAACUCCAACAGAAAAGACUUUGGAAGAGACGGUGGCUCGAAGAGCAAGACGACAUGAAGUUCUCCCACAGCAUACAGUUUAAUGCUGUUCCGGACUGGAGCAGUCAUUACAUUGCCUACAGCAAUCUCAAGAAGCUGAUAUACCAGCUCGAGAAGACCGUCCACCAAACAUCGUCAGGAGACGCUGAAUCGAGACCCCUUAUCCGAAACGAAGACCCCGAAGAAGUUUUCAGCCGUGCGCUUGGUGUCGAGUUGGAGAAGAUCUGCUCUUUUUACGUUUCCAAGGAGGGCGAGCUUCUCGACGAGGUCAAUCAGUUGCUUGGAGACGUCGGCAACCAUUCCUCCGAAGACGACGAAAUUGAUGGGGAGCCGAGACGGUCUUUUGGCAGCGCGUCCCGUCCGGGGUUGUCGGUGCCCAACGGCAGACGGACCUCUGUCUCGGUCGACGGCAACAUUGAAGACAGCGACGAUGACGACGACGACGACGAAACAACAGGAUUGACGAAAAGUCGAUCCAGUCUUGGCGGUGGUAGACGCAAGACGGCCCCGAACCUCGGGCAGUCGACAACAGACAUGACGGCGUCGACCGAGUUAACGCUGGGAAGGUCGUUGCGGCGGUACAGCACCGCGCAGGACGAUAUGCCCGACCAGACAUUUCUGUACUCCUCGGGUAUCAUGCUGAAGAAGCGGAUCAUCAGUCUCUAUGUGUCGCUCUGCGAGCUCAAGUCAUAUGUACAGCUGAACAGGACCGGUUUCAGGAAGGUCUUGAAGAAGUUCGACAAGAUCUUGGACAAGGAAUUGCGAGUCAAGUACAUGAGCGCCAACAUUGACUCUGCGUACCCCUUCAAGGUGGAGAACAUCAAGACCAUCGAAGAGAACAUCUCCAAGAUGGAAAAGGCGUAUGCCGAGAUUGUCACGAAUGGUGACGAGGGACUUGCCAAACGCGAUCUCAGGUCUCACCUCCGGGAGCAUGUCGUCUGGGAACGCAACACUGUCUGGCGAGACAUGAUCGGAAUGGAGCGCCGCGCGGAGGCUGCCAGCCUGGGAAGAACGCUUCUGGGCAGAGAUGGCGCGGCCGGUUUGAGGCGACUUCAGGGUGACGAUGAGCUUGCCCCAGUAACCAAGGAGGUCGUGACCCCCGUUGGCCGUUUCGUCGUGCCAACAUGGGUCGCUAGCACACCGCUGCUUACCCUUCUGAUCUCUGUUGUCGUCUUCUUCCUGCUCAUUUUCCUGCCCAUCAUGGAGAAACCCGAGCAACAGAACUGCCUAGCUUUGCUGGUGUUUGUCAGCAUCCUGUGGGCUACUGAGGCCAUCCCGUUGUUCGUCACGUCACUCAUGAUACCCUUCCUAUGUGUUGUCUUGACUGUUGUCCGGUCCGAUGACAAGCCUCACAGGAGACUUGAUGCAAAGGCCACCACGGCCUACAUCUUCUCGGCCAUGUGGACGCCUGUCAUUAUGCUUCUGCUGGGCGGCUUCACGCUUGCGGCUGCCCUGUCAAAGUGCAAGAUCGACAAGCGUCUUGCGACCUUCGUGCUUAGCAAAGCAGGCACCACUCCACGCACUGUCCUCAUUGCCAACAUGCUUGUCGCUGCCUUUGCCAGUAUGCUGAUCAGCAACGUCGCCGCACCAGUACUUUGCUUCUCCAUUAUCGAGCCAAUGCUGCGAACGCUACCUUCUGAGUCCAACAUGUCUAAGGCCGUCAUCAUGGGCAUCGCGCUUGCCUCUAACAUUGGCGGUAUGCUGUCGCCCAUUGCUUCGCCCCAGAAUGUUGUCGCCAUCGGCAUCAUGAAGCCGGCGCCCACCUGGAUACAGUGGUUCUUUAUUGUCAUUCCCGUUGGCAUUGUCUCGCUGCUCCUCAUUUGGGUUUUGCUGUUGAUCACCUUUCAACCGAGCAAGGGGACUACCAUCUCCCCGAUCCGUCCUGUCAAGGAGAAGUUCACCGGCAUCCAGUGGUUUGUUUCCAUUGUCACGCUCGUUACGAUUGGACUGUGGUGCGCAAGCCAUCAGAUGGAGUCCAUAUUUGGCGACAUGGGUGUCAUCGCCAUCAUUCCCAUCGUUCUCUUCUUCGGUAUCGGCAUCUUGACCAAAGAAGACUUCAACAAUUUCCCAUGGACCAUCAUCAUCCUUGCUGCUGGAGGUUUGUCGCUGGGCAAAGCUGUCAAGUCAUCUGGUCUCCUGCAUACCGUUGCUGGCAUCGUUACCAAGGAGGUUGAGGGGAUGAGCCUUUACGUUGUUCUCGUUGUCUUCUCGGCACUCAUCCUCGUCAUCGCCACUUUCAUCAGCCAUACCGUCGCGGCUCUCAUCAUCCUUCCGUUGGUAUUUGACGUAGGCAUCAGCAUGGACGAACCUCAUCCCAACCUAUUGGUCAUGGGCGGAGUCCUGAUGUGCAGUGCUGCUAUGGGUCUGCCCACCAGCGGUUUCCCCAACAUGACUGCCAUCAUGAAGGAGGACCCAACAGGCCAGAGGUAUCUCAGAGUGAAGCACUUCAUCAGUCGAGGUGUGCCCAGCAGUAUCCUCACUCUAGUUGUUGUGGUCACCAUGGGUUACGGCUUGAUGAGGGUAGCUGGACUAGACUAAAGAAUGUCUUCAAGAAACCUACAACACACGGUUUGAGCUUAGGAUUCGCUAUGUGCACACUGCUUCUUGUAUUGGUUUGGGUUUGUUGUCUUGAUUGCAUUCAUGGAAGGAGCGCGAGAUCAUGGAAACAUCGUUUUUGGGGCUUCGAACGUAGACGGGACCUGUUCACAUAAACAAUGGGCCAUUUGCCUAUUUUCGGAUUUUUUUCGUCGCGGUUUGUCUUUGCAGUACGUAGAUAGGAGUAACCGAUAGAAU